GAGUGUUGACACGUGCUGUAGUGCCACGACGCUCCGCUCUGCGAUGUUUUUCGCGCCGAUUUCGAAUUACUAUUGUGUAUGCCAAAUGUUCCUUUAAUGUGUUUUAGUUGAACGUUGAAUUAUUUGGAGUUGUGUGAUAAGUGGUUCAGUGAAGUUUUGUUAUAAAAUAAAACAUAUAAACUGAGAACUAGUGUAUACUUAGCAAUAAAUAUUGCUAGAGAUUUUCCUUGAUUGUUAGAAGUGAGUUCACGCGGCGCCAACAUCAAAACUCUGUAAUUGAAACUUCACCUGGAAAAGAAAAAGAUAACCAGCUCAAAAGGAAUAGAAUUGGAAACGACAUGAAAAUACGAGAAAUUAGGUGAAGAGUAACAUUGCGUGUCUGAGGCUGCUUAAAAUGGCUGAAGAGAAGAAAAAGGAUGCGAGUGCAUUGCUGGCCAAAAAGAAAAAAGUGAAGCCACGCAAGUCGAGAGACGCAGACUGCUGCAGUGUAAACUUCUUGAAGUGCGUCCUACAUAUCUUCAAUGUAGUCUUCCUGUUCGCAGGCGCGGGAGUGUUGGGCGUGGGAGCGUGGACGGUGACCUAUCGACAUCGAUACGUGUCUCUGCUGCCGACGCCGACAUACCCAGCUAUUGCGUACCUGCUCAUCAUAGCCGGGGCUAUGGGCGUCCCCCUGUGCGCUCUAGGUUGCUGCGGCCUCAAGACUGAGAACAGAACCAGUUUAUUAUGCUACACAUACUUCCUGCUGAUAACGUUCAUACUGGAGGUGGGCGCGGGCGGGCUGGCCUACUACUACGAGGUGGCCGUCGAGGACGAGCUGCGCGCCGAGCUCAACAACACGUUCCUGUCUAACUACGCACUCGACACCACCGUCACCAAUGCUGUCGAUAAAAUGCAGACUGAGUUCAAAUGUUGCGGUGCCGUGCGGUACUCGGACUGGCGCCACAGCCCGUGGCACGAGCACGACCCGCGCCUGCUGGUGCCAGACUCCUGCUGCAAGACUCCAUCCAACCGCUGCGGCGCCAGGGACCAUCCAUCCAACAUAUACUAUCAUGGUUGCAUACGACAGUUCACGAACCACAUACGGGACCACUUGAUCAUCUUAGCAGCGGUGGGGGUGGGAAUGGCGGUGAUCCCUAUAUUCGGGUUCCUGUUCUCUUGCGUGCUGUACGUAAAGAUAAAGCACGUGAUAGACUGACGGCGGGCCGCGCCGGCCAAUGCUAAGAACCGGAAAGUGUUCGACAAGUCGGCGCGAGGAGGCACGGGGCGAGGCGCGCCCC